GAAAAAUCUUUAGUUGUGAAAUGAGGAUAGGUGCUGUAGAGCUGGUGGCUCGGACGGAUGGAGUCCACCUGCGAGCCCAGAAGCUUGGCUCACGGCUGUAAAUGAUCUAAAAUUUGUUUAGGAAGAAAAAAAGAAAAAGAAAAAGAAAAAGAAAAAGAGAAAGAGAAAAAUGAAAUCAUAAAAAGCGAGGGACAGAGAGAAUCCCACUCGGGUAAUGGUAUUAUGGUACCAAGUAAAUUUCAACAAUUGAAGCUACUUUUGCAGAUUCCAGUCUUCGCUCUUUAACUUCCUCCACUGAAUAAAGAACCAGUGGCACUGCUCUUCCUAUUUUCGUUAACCUUUGAAACUUCAAAUUGAAGAUUAUCAGAGAGAUCCAUGGCAGCUUACGCAGCUCUAGUUUCCCUUAUGAAUGAUUUGGAGCUCAUUCCCAAUCAUCCCACCCAUUCCUUUUCCUUUGACAACAAACAGAUCACUUCCCUUUCCCAAACUCUCCAUUUCUUGAUCGAUUUUAUGGAAACCUACGAUUCUCAUGGCUGCACCAGAGAAUCUGCUGACAGUUUGGAGAGCCGAAUCGCAUCUUCGGCUCAUGCGGCUCACGAUGUGAUCGAGUCCCAUGUAGUCGAUCAACUUCACGCUGGAUCCACUCUUGGUGGAAAAGCAACAUCUUAUUUCUUGCCCGAUCUACAGAAAGCAAUUGACGACAUGGACUUCGUCAAGAGAGAGGCUAUUCAGUUUAAAGCGAAAAGUGGAGUGAAAGCGGAGCAGCCCACAUAUUCAGCACCUACUUCAUCAGAAUCUGUCAAGAGUGUUAUGGUGGGAUUUGAUGCUGCCGUUGUUCGACUUAUGGAAAUGCUCACCGGUGAACUUUCUGGUCACAGAGUCAUCCCAGUCGUGGGCAUGGGUGGAAUGGGUAAGACCACUCUUGCCAAAAAUGUUUAUGACCAUUUACUCAUUAAGCAACACUUUGAUAUUCGUCUUUGGGCUACAAUAUCUCAGGAAUAUAGUGUAGACAAUAUUCUUACACAGCUACUUUCUGAAAAAAGAAAAUCCAAUGGAGAUGUUUGUAGAUUAGGAGAAGAGUUGCAUAAAAUGUUGUGGGGUAGAAGAUAUUUAAUUGUGUUAGAUGAUAUGUGGAGUGUGGAAGCUUGGGAUGAGAUACACAUGUUUUUGCCUGAUAAUGGCAAUGGGAGUUGUGUUAUUGUAACAACUCGGCUAUCAAACUUGGCAGCUCAUCUUAGCUCUUACCCUUUCGUGAUGAACUUUUUAGAUGAUGAUAACAGUUGGGAACUGUUUUGUGGAAAGGCAUUCGGUGAAGAAAAUUGUCCUCUUGAAUUAGUGGGAAUUGCAAAGAAGAUAGUGAAAAGAUGCAGAGGACUUCCACUAUCAAUAGUUGUAAUUGGGAGCCAUCUUAGAAGAUCGUCUAGGGCGAUUGAGUAUUGGGAGAAGGUUGCCAAUUAUAUGAACCCGAUUUCGAGUGUGGCAGAAGAUGAGCAAUGCUUGAACAUAAUAAGUUUGAGUUAUGAGCAUCUCCCUGCAUAUCUAAAGCCAUGCUUAUUGUAUAUGGGUAUUUUCCAGGAAGAUGAACAGAUUGAUGCCUCUAAACUCCUCAAAUUGUGGGUUGCUGAGGGAUUUCUAAAACCAAAUAAAUCCAUAAGUUUGGAGGAGAUAGCAGAGAAUUAUUUGAAUGAUCUGAUUGACAGGAAUCUCAUUUUAGUAAUUCGUAGGAGGUGGAAUGGAAAAGCUCAAAUUUGUGUUAUUCAUGAUAUUGUGAGAGAGUUGUGCUUGAAGGUCGCCAAGAAAGAGAAAUUUCUAUAUGUGCUUCAAGACAACACACAAGUCACAAGCAUAGGCAGGGAGCUUCGCAUUGUGAUUCCGCAGGGGAAGAAACUUAACUCUGAUGGUUUUGGUGCUCUGCCAUCACUCCUCCGUUCUCUUAUCUGUUCCCGACUACUAGGGCGGGAGAUUAAAUUUGAUAGGUCGUGCCUUUUCUCGAGAUUAUUGAGAGUAUCAGCUUAUGCCACUCAUAUAUUCUUGGGGGGUGGAAGAUUUUUCCCUGCUGCUCAUUUUCAGCAAGUUAACUUACGCUAUCUUGAUUUCUAUGUUACCUGUUGUUAUCCCCCCCCCGUCCUACCGGACCUACCCGAUUCCUUCAUCGAUAUCCCUGCUGUGGAAUAUACAAACACUGAUUAUUCACCUUGAUGGUGUGUGUGUUUUUGCACCAUAUGAGAUCUGGGAGAUGACACAGCUCAGGCAUCUCGAGCUAGUAGGAGGAAUCGCUCUUGCUAACCCUGUUCCCCCUGGGAGAUCAAACCGCAUUGUUUUGCGAAACCUACAAACACUUUUAGGUGUGCGGAAUUUGAGAUUGACAGAAGAGGUUUGCAAGAGAAUGCCCAACAUCAAGGUUCACAUUCCCAAGUUCAGUUGAGGAAUUGUGCUUGUGGAAUUGUCAUCUUGAUUGGGAAGAUUUGACAAUGAUGAUUAAAUCCUUGGCCCAUCUUGGAUCUUUAGAAGUGCGUUCGGUGAAAGGAGCCGAGUGGGAGCUUGUUGAGGAGGAAUUCCCUUGCCUCAAAGUAUUGAGGAUUUGUGAAUGUAAUGAUUUGAUUUAUUGGUGUGCAGAUAGCUCUCAAUUUGCGGCGCUUGAGAUUCUGAAAAUCUCAGAAGCACCUAAUUUGAGUGAGAUUCCUUGUGAUAUUGGAGAAAUACCAACACUUAGACUUAUUGAAUUGGACAGGUGUAGUGUGAGUGCUGCAGUUUCGGCAAUGAGAAUAGUGGUGGAGCAAGAGAGUUUUGGGAAUGAGGACCUUCAAGUUGAAGUUAAUUUUAAUAAAAUGGAACAAGUAGAGAGAUUUCAAAAGAUGGUGAGAGAAGAGGGUCUAACAACCAAUAGUCUUCGUCUAUUUCAUUGCUAUGAAAAAAUCAAUUUCUAAACUUUGACAAGGUUCAUUCUUAUUCUCAUUUUAGGGGAUUUGUGUACUCUUUGUUUUUCCUUGGCUUUGCGAAUUUUAAUUGUAUUGUUCGACUUAUGUAGAAUGUGUAUAAUUUCGAAACAUUAAAUUUGAAUGUACGUACAACUUUGUUUGAGCGUAGAAAA